GGCGGAGCGGGGAACAAGGCGAGGGAGAUCAGCAGCAUGGAGGCGAUGAUCAGAGGGGACGCGAACCAGCCGUGGAACGAGGAUCUGCCGGGGGGCGGGCAGCACUACGACGUCUUCACCGGACGGCAUUUCGAGUCCGCGGAGGCGCUCGCGAGGCAUCAGAAGACGAAGCAGUACAAACGGGACAGGAAACGGGUUUUGAACGGGCCGAAGCCGCACGAGCAAGGGGACGCGGAGGCCGCCGCGGGGAUGGCGCCGCCGGACAACGGGAAGAAGCUCAACCGAGCC